UGACGGAGGCGGGACUUCCUGUUUCGUGUUCCCUGGGACCUCCAAAGGGAUACUGGGGCUGAGAGGGAGAAUGUCUACGUCCUGUGGCAGCGGAUCAAGCAGUGCAUUAGUUCGGGCCUGCUUCCGUAGUUCUCACUGAUUCGUGCAGUUAUCCACACUCUCUCCAAAGGCGCUUUCAGGCGGCCUUGGUGUUCUGAGUGCGCAAGAGUGUGUGUCCGCAGGUGGAGAAAGGGCAUGGAGGAGCCGCCACCGGCUCCCCCGAGCUUCUUUUGCAGGGCACGGCGUCCUUCCUCCCGAGUCUUUGCUGCCGGAGCUGUGGCUGCCGACUCGGAAUCUCUGGUGGAGAAUCAGAAGUUGCCUUCCUUAGUCCAAGAACCCUAUUACCCGGAAUCCGGUUGGGAUCGCCUCCGGGAGCUGUUUGUCAGAGAUGAACAACAGAGAAUUUCAAAGGAACUUGAGAAUAUCUAUAGGGCAGCAGCUUCAGCAGGCAUCAUUGGCUGGGCAUAUGGUGGAAUACCAGCUUUUGUUCAUGCUAAACAACGCUACAUUGAGCAGAGCCAAGCAGAAAUUUAUCAUAACCGGUUUGAUGCUGUGCAAUGUGCGCAUCGUGCUGCCACACGAGGCUUCAUUCGAUAUGGCUGGCGCUGGAGUUGGAGAACUGCAGUGUUUGUGACUAUAUUCAAAACUUUUGUUUAUCUAAGAGCUGUCACUGGAGGUCUUUUCAGAAUGAAUUUAGGCAUUCGAGGCCUAGUGGCUGGUGGUAUAAUUGGAGGCUUGUUGGGCACUCCUGUAGGAGGCCUGAUGAUGGCACUUCAGAAGUACUAUGGUGAGACUGUUCAGGAGAGAAAACAGAAGGAUCGAAAGGCAUUCUAUGAGCUGAAACAGGAAGAAUGGAAAGCCAGACUGCAACUUACUGAGCUCCUCCCUCAGGAAAUUGAAAACAGCCUACAG